GUUUACCUUCUUUAGUUUUCUGCGUUUUCUGAUGCGAUCAAGAAUCUGAUCCAAACCGCACCGGCAAGGCCGUUGAAAUUUGUAAAGUUAUUGAAUUUGUUACUAAUUAGAUUUACAUCAGUGAAAAUGGAGAGCAGGCUUAAUCGAUACGAGAAAAUUGAUUUUCUGGGCGAAGGCCAGUUCGCUACGGUCUACAAAGCACGGGACGUUGAAACAAACGAAAUUGUUGCGGUGAAGAAGAUCAAAAUAGGCAACCGCGAGGAAGCAGCCGACGGUAUCAAUCGGACCGCAUUGCGCGAAAUCAAACUACUUCACGAGCUGCACCAUGAAAAUAUCAUCGGACUGCUGGACGUUUUUGGCCACAAGAGCAACGUUUCGUUGGUGUUUGAUUUCAUGGACACGGAUCUGGAAAUCAUCAUCAAAGAUUCGAAGAUUCUUCUGACCCCGGCCAACAUCAAGAGUUACAUGAUUCAGACUUUGAAAGGGUUGGAAUAUCUGCACCAGUUUUGGAUUUUGCAUCGAGAUUUGAAGCCAAAUAAUUUGCUUAUUAGCGGGUCCGGGAUUUUGAAGAUUGGUGAUUUUGGUUUGGCCAAGUUUUUCGGGUCACCGAAUCGAAUCAACACCAAUCAGGUUGUGACCCGGUGGUAUAGGUGUCCGGAGUUGCUUUUCGGUGCACGUCAGUACGGAACCGCAGUAGAUAUCUGGGCUGUGGGAUGCAUUUUGGCGGAACUUCUGCUGCGGGUUCCCUUCCUACCCGGGGAAAGUGAUCUGGACCAGCUGACUCGGAUUUUUCAGGUGAUGGGAACGCCCACGGAUGAAAGUUGGCCAGAUGUGAAAUCGUUGCCAGAUUUUGUCCAGUAUAAGCAUUUUCCGGCCAUUCCUUUGAGGGACAUUUUCACUGCCGCUUCCGAUGAUUUGUUGGAUCUGGCCAAUAAGCUUUUGGCGCUGUAUCCGAUGAAUCGGUGCUCGUGUACCGAAGCACUCAAAAUGCCGUACUUCUCCAAUAAACCGGCUCCAACCGUUGGCAGCAAGCUUCCGAUGCCGGCCAGCUACUACGCCGGAACCAAGGAGAAGGAGGACAAACAGCCGACGCUGAAGCGGAAACUGGCGGACACCGUGGAUGGGGGAACGCUGCCCAAGCGGUUACAGUUCUAGUCGUGAGUAGUUUCGUUAUUUGUAUUAUUAUUGAGUAAGUUUCGUUCUAUUCCUCUUAAUUUUGAAUAAACAAAAUACUUUUCUAAAUGUGGUGAUUUGCAGAAAGAAAUUCAAUAAAUAAAUGUCAGUAAGUGAAA